GAGUAUUCAGUAUUCACUAUUCAGAUUUCAGUAUUCAGUAUUGACUAUUGAGUUAUGAGUAUAGUAAUUAGUAUUUAGUAUAUAACGCCUAGUGUUCCCGUGGUAGACAGUGGUUACAACUCACAAGUCCCAAUUAACUGUUUAGCUAGUUUAGUCUAGGGGCUUAUUAUUUUCGAAUAUGAAAUUAACUUCAAUCAUUUGGUCUGAAACUUAUACAAUAAUAUUUAUUGUGAAGAUUUUGAAUUUAAUUGAGUUCCUUUAAUUUCUAAUUUAAAUAUUCUUGGACUAAAAUGUUAUUUUUGGAAUCCCCAUACAAAGUCGAAUUUCUCUACAAUUUUUACUUAACAUUUAUAUCUGAAUCGCUGCUGUAUUUAACAAAUUUUGUGUUGUACAUAUCUUUGUGGAUAUUUGGUUACUUGUGCUUGUGUUGUAUUGUGUAUAGAAAAUAUGCAAGAAAGCUUCCUACUCGGACUCGUGGAGCUCUCGGAGCAAAAAGAGUGUUAGUUGUAGUGGCUCAUCCAGAUGAUGAAUGUAUGUUCUUUGGACCUACUAUCUAUAGAUUAUGUGAACAGGGAGCUGAAGUUUACAUCUUGUGCUUAUCAAACGGAAAUUAUGAAGGAAAAGGAAAUAUUCGUAAACAAGAAUUAUGGAAUGCCUGUAAGGAAUUGGGAGUUCCUGAUUGUAAUAUAUGUCUUAUCUCAGACACGAGACUGCCAGACAACCCUAAGUUACAAUGGCCAGUUCCAGUUAUAGCUAAGUUAAUAGGACAUCAUAUAGAAGCAUAUAAUGUUGAUACCCUUGUGAUAUUCGACAGAGGUGGUGUCUCUUCACACCCUAAUCAUGCUGCUGUUUUUUAUGCAGUAGCUUAUAUGUUUGUUGAAAAGAAUAUGACAGACAAAUGUACAGUAUAUACAUUAGAUUCUGUAAAUAUAUUAAGAAAAUAUUUAGGAUUCCUGGACUUGCCUCUUAGUUUUUUGUUGUCCUCUAAAAGCUAUUUUAGGUAUUUUCUUCGUUGGACUGAAAGCAGAAGAGUCUCGCGGGCUAUGAAAAAACACAAAAGUCAGAUGAUAUGGUUUCGUUACUUAUACAUAAUGUUCUCUAGGUAUAUGGUGAUUAAUACUCUUCGGAAAAUAAGCCUUGCUGACAUUGAAUUAGAAUUAGAGGUAGAUGAUUGACUUUUAAAUACUGUUAAAAAAAACUGUUAUAUAUUUUUUGACUGUCCUGAUUUAUACAUUACAAUUUUAAUAAUUUUUUCAAUCAUUGUGUUGCAAGUAUAAGUGAUAGAUAUUGAUGAUAUAGAUAUUUAUUAAUAAGGGAUAUAAAUACAUAAUUAUAAUUAUUAUAAUAUUGUAAGAACACUUUUAUACAAUAGAGGAAGUUAAAUGUGAAUAUAUUCUUUAUGAAUUGUGUAUUAUAGAUUAUUCUAGUCCACCAAUUCCUCUUCCUUUUUAAAAAUUAGAAUUAUUAUUUGAAGGUGUAAAAUUCAUUCCUCAUUUUUUUUUCAUUUGUUAUUUUGUGAUUGACUGUGAUUAAAGUAUGAAUUUUAAAACAGUGUUUUAUUAAAGUUAGAAAAAUUUGAUGUAUAGUAUAAAAGGAAGCAAAAAGAGGAAUAAGGUACUAGCUACUUAAAGUAUAAAAACUCUUUAUGUCAUAUUAUUUAUUUCAUUGGCCUUCAAUAUACUCAUAUUACAUUUUAGAACAAAUGUUAAUUUACCAUAUAAUCAUAUUAAUAUACUUCUAUGCAGAAGAAAAUUUCAUUAUUUCAUAUUCAAAAUUGACAAUAUUUGCAUUUUAUACUACCCAUUAUAUUGCCCAUUGUGUGCCUGCAGAAAUAAGCAUUCUGACUAAAUAUAAUUAAAACCCUACAAUUUGAAAAGUUCACUUAUAAACCUAAUUAAUAGUAACUGCGAAAAUUCUAAGAAAACUUUUUGUAUAUUGUAAUGUACUCUGAAUGUCAUUUUAUUUAGAAAAUAUAAGAGUUUAUUGUUUCUAAAAUAAUUUAAAAAUAAAAAAUUGUUUUAUAAUUAAAUCUCGAGAGGAUAUAAACGCGGUUUUUAUUAGUAUAAAUGUAUCGAGUGAUUUUUACCAAUUAUUCAUAAAAAUCACUCGAUAAGUGAAGGUAUGUGAAUAAUAUAGCCGUUUGCGUCCUAGAAGCAUUAAUUUAUAAAUGUUUUAUUUAAAUUUCUAGUACUAAAGACAAUAAAAUUAAAAACAAAGCUAUUAUGUCUAUAAAAUCUGUAAAAUAUGCAAUUUAUUGUACUUUCAUAUGAAUACGAGGAAAAUAAGUACAUAGAAGUGGGAUAAUAUCGAAUCUAGUUUCUACCAAUAAAAGACUACUUUUAAAUAUAUGUAUCACGCUGUAUUUAAUGUAAAACUUAUUACAACUUAGAUGAUAAAAAAAAAAAUAAAAAUAAAGUGCAAUAGUCAAGAAAAGAGCCCCGUUGUGGUUAAACUUAUAUUGAAUAGAACCAUUGCUAUCACAGCCCAAAGGGCUCGGAAAAACCGAACGAAAAAUGCUUUACACAUUGAAAUUUACUUUACACAUUGUAGAUAACAACCUAUAAUGUAGCUAUUUCAUCAAUUACAGAGAGCCAUCGGGAACAAAACUAUUCACAUAGUCGGGAUCUGUGGCUUGAGACAAAAUCAGUGUGUGGAAGGCGUGACCCAAUAAAGCCAAACGAUUAUGUAUGGGAAUAACAUUAGCACACGCUACAUCACGUGACCAUUUCCGUACAAAAUACGUUUGUAGUUAGUGGGUAACACCUGUCGCAAUGUGAUUUUGUCUCAAGCCCCUGGAAUGUCACACAUCAAAAUACUGAUAUAGAACGCGACAUUGUCACGAAUGCGGUUCACAUCUAAACGUGACCCGGAACAACCAAAUUAUAAUACAUUACGGCCAUGUAUCGGUUAAUGCGACCGAUGCCAGUUAGUAGUCCCAGAGUAACCGUCAACCAUUAUAUUUUACAACAACGAAAUCAAAAGAUCUAUGAAUUUCAUGAAGUUAAUGAAAUACUACUACUUUUAUAAGCAGAUUUUACCUAUAUAUAUAUACAGCAUAGCCUGUUUCACACAGGAAAUUUCAUAGAACAUUAGAUAACUAUUUCUUUACCUAAAUGCUGUAUCUCACAAAAUCUCGUUGCUAAUAAAUUGUCCAAGAACUCUAAUUUUAAUUUUCGGUAACAAAUACACUACCUUGAACCACUGACUACAUCCAUUUAUUUAAAUAGUUAAUCUAUACCACAUUAUAAUGAAAUUAUUUUGCUAAGGAUGUAUGCCCUCGUCUCAAUAGAGAUAAUUAAAACCUAUUAAUUAAUAGAUA